AUGGCUGACACAGCGACCAUCGUCAUUCUCUGGCCCGUGGGCUUUCGGGUGUUGGCUGUGCAACUCCUUUGCUGGGAAGUCGCAAGGUCCAAGAGCGCUUUUGCGGACAUCACGGUGAUGUCGGACACCAUGCUGCAGAUUUCUGCUUUGAGCACCCAUGCCAGCAGCCGCCACCACCAGAAGGCAGCGCAGCAGGCGGAGGACAGAACAUCAUCCAUCCAAGCAUCCGAAACUGCCUGGGACUCUGGCACACCCUCGCUCGAUCACUUCAGCAUGUGUGCCACGAUGGUGGCCAGACACGACACGUUCCAGGAUUUCCGUGAGUAUUGCAAAGCUCAGUCUUUGCACUCCGACAGCAGCGUACGAGUGUGCCGGCAGAUUCUGACAUCCCUGGCAAGUGUGCAUUCCGAGCUGGACAUAAAGGUGUAUCAGAAGGCGAAUAUGGGCUGCCUGAUGCUGGAUGAGCGAGACGGGGUCAUCCUCAUCAGGGGUCGCUUUUUCUAUCGAGGUCUGAAUGCGGAAGUCUGUGGUGGGCAUGGCGGCAUUGUGCCUUUGGUUUGCUAUGCCUAUCCCGUGGCGGCUGUGACGGUGAAGCGCGGAAAGCGCGAGCCGGAUGGCCAAUCUGGUGCCGAGGACAAGGUCGACAGGGAACUGCUGAAGCAUCUGCAGGGCAUCAUUACAUCCGUGGUCAUCGACGGCGGUCCAUCCGAGCAAACCGCAAUGUCCAGGAUUUCGGACGUACUUCCUCAUUGUCAACAUAUCGUCACUGACAGAGCGCAUCGCAUGAGGAAUGUACAGCGCGGGGCAUGGAAGUAUCUGGAUGAGAUGACGGACGGACUCCUCGAGCUUCUUGUCCGAGGAGAAGGUAGUCUGGCCCGAAGGCUGCAAGAUUCCGUGAAGUUUCGCAUCUUUUGGGCUGAAGCUCAACAGAAGGAGUUCAGUCAGGCUCUUCGAAACUUCAGCUAUGCCAAGCAAAGGUUUAACAGCUUGUGCACACCGCUCUUUAAGCUUUUGCACUCCUUGAAAUCGGUGUACAAGUUCCUGGCAAAGCUGGCCGAAGAUGGGGACGCAGAGGACCGCCACUUUGCAGAAGAUCUUUUGCAGGAGCUUUCUGGCCCCUCCGCUUUUCAGCGGCUGAUCAAUGCUGCUUUGGCGGCUGACUCGAUGAUGGUAGGUCAAAGAUUUUUACGCCUGGCGGACAGCGACAACGACGAAGCCUGCGUCACCGCCAAGCAGGCUGCGGAGGUCAUGCACAACAUGGAGUUUAUGUUCCAGAAGGGUGGUGUUUUCCUGGAUUCUGCGACCGAUACAGUGACCCAGACGACUAUGCGAAUUUUGCAUGAGGUCGGGGUCAUCACGUAUCUUGGCUCUCGCCAGGCUGGCUCUCGCGGUGCGCGGCCACUCAGAGCAAUCGCUGUCUGGGAUGUCGCCGACGGUGACCUGCAGGCAUCCAGGGAUGCAGCUGGGCGCAUCUUCCGGGUAUUCCAAGCUUUCUUCCAGUCCAAUUUCCCGGCUUACGAGUAUUCCAACGCGAUGGCCUUUGCAGACCUGCAGAACAAGCUGGCCCUGAGUCAGAGGAAAGCGUUGGUGGCAGCCAUCUGCGCGCACCACAAGCUUGAUGCUGAAGCCACCUGGCAGCAGCUCAGUGGUGGGUCCGAUGGCAUGGCCCCUGGAGGCCUGAUGAGCCGAGCUUUUUGGCAUCUGCAGCAAGACAAGCAGGGCUCAAACGCUGCUUGGCUGACCACACUUCGAGAGCUGAGAAAGGAGCAAGCAUCCUCCCGGCUGCAGGCGUGCUGGCUUGUGCAGCACGCUUUGACGUACCAGACGUCAACAGCUGCGGUUGAACGUUCGCUUCACGAAGUUGCCGUCACGGAGCUGAAAAACAGGGCGCAUCGCUUACAGGUCUACACACUCCAAGAUGGCAUCAAGCUUAACCUGCAUGGCCGCAUCACAGCAGAGCAUCUUCGGGAUGGAAAGGAUACACGUGGCAACUGGAAGCCAUCCAAGUUUGCACUGCAGGCACAGGCCAUCUACAAGGAGUUUUUUGGCACACGUGAAACGUUGAGUCGAAAGACUGGCGAUGCCUCAUGUGAGAAGCCACGGCUGUCUGGACUGAGACAAAAGACAAACACAUCGGUUCGGGCGAAGAUGGAGGCACACACAAAAUGCGUUGCUGCAACUGUGGGUGCCAUGGAGCUGCAAAGCCCCGCGGCAAGCAGUCGAAUGGAUGAUAUGGUGCAAGCUGUCACAGACCUUACUGCUGCCCGCAGCUCUUGCAUCGGGCCUACCGCGGCCGCUUCCUCAUCCAUCCCGGCUGCUUCCUCAUCCAUCCCGGCUGCUUCUUCAUCCAUCCCGGCUGCUUCCUCAUCCAUCCCGACCGCUUCGGCAUCCAUCCCGAAGCCACCUUCAGAGCCUGAGACUGUUCCGACCAGCAUCGCAAAGGACAAGAAGCAGAAGAAGGACAAGAAGGACAAGAAGGACAAGAAGGACAAGAAGGACAAGAAGGACAAAGGGGAAAAUCAAAAAGACAAGAAGGAAAAGAAGGACAAAAACGACAAGAAGUGCAAGAAGGACAAGAAAGACAAGAAAGAUCAGAAGGACAAGAAGGAUGACACUUUGACGCUUGAGGAGAUCGAGGCGGACCAAAAAAGAGUGCAGACGGUGAAGCAACGAGUGUCUGCGGAUACACCUUUGGGUCUGAAAAUCCCCCACGUGGAUGUACGCGGAGGCAUCUACAAGUCUGAAGGGCUCAAGCCUGGUGGGGCAUCCAUCGCGAGAGCACCACCACUGAGCGACAGUCAAGUGCACGUGCUGCUGCUCGAUGGCAUCUUGGCUCAUCUAUAG